AUGCCUUCGUUACUCUCCAUCGGUCGAGUGCUCGAUAAAGCUCUUGCCUCCGUUUCCUCUGUUGAGGAGGUUCAGAAUAGCCUCGUCCAUCAUACUCUCAAACUCACGUCGCUUCUUCACGAGUCCGCUAAACGUAGCAUCCGAGAGAGAGCUUCUCUUCACAAUUCCAGUUCUUGGCUCCUUCCUCCAGAACUCACUAUUAAGCUUGAUACAAAGUCUCUAAUGCAAGCCAUGGCAUGCUGCAACAUGUUCCACAAAUGUGCCAAGGACCCUGCAUCUUACUCUCACAUCAACUUGACCUCUGCCAGAAAAGUUGAUGAUGGAGUUGUUUCUACCUUGAUCAAUCGGGCUGGAAAGGAACUCAGAUUCCUUGAAAUUGGACAUGUUGAUGGCCAAUCUAAAUCUAAGACACCACAUUUGCUUAACGGAUCUUGUCUUGCCCCACUUUCCCAUAACCAUGGGUUUAUUGGGAAAUACUUGAGAAGCCUACACCUUUACGAUGUCAGAUCUAUAACCGACAACCUCUCCAUUGACUCGUUGUCAGCUUGUUCCAAUAUCACUGAUCUGAAGAUGGUUGGAGUGUAUAGCCCAAGUGAGAAGCUACUUAAGUCACUCGCAGUAAAAUGCCGAUUCAUAGAGCACCUGUUCUUCGAGACCUAUGGAUCCAAAGGUGCAUCGAGAAAAGAUUCAUCAGCCUUGGCAGUUCUUUUAACAAACCUCCCAAGCUUAACCUCGUUAACACUCAUCAAUCUUAGACUAAGAGAUGCAACAGUCCAAACUCUUGCUAAGGGUUCUCGUAAACUCAAGCACUUGAAUCUUUCUAGAAACUCAAUAGUCAAGGGUUGCUUUCUAAGGGAAUCGGGACAUUGCUUACAAGACAGUGCACUCGAGACUUUAAUAUUGCGAGACUGCUCUUCUCUAGAGGAGAAAGAAGUUUUGCAGUUUUUUGAUUCACUACUCGCAGAAAACUUCAGAUUCAUUAGGCACAUUGACGUUUCAAAUAGCCGAGGCUUGUUGUCUGAUGACGGCAAAAGAUCUUGCAAACCAAAGUUUCCUCUAAAGAAGCUGAAGAAAGAAAGACCAGAUGUCAAAAUUGUGGCAAAUUUUAACCCUACUUUAUCAAGAUCACAAAAGCGUUCUCAAGGCAACGAUGCAGAAGUCCAAAUAAAUGAAGUCGGGGAGUAG